GACGGAACUACGAUAUGCUAGACCGACAUGAAUCUAUGUUCAAUACUCUGAAAUUUGCGGCAAAAUAUACAAGGGCCGUCUCUCAAGAGGGGUAAAUAACUAAUCAGAAUACCGUCCGCUUGGACCAGUGGUCGCUCCGACAUGGCUGUCCUUGGCCGACAAGCGCAUCUGCGUCUCCUUCAACUUGACCGGCACAUACGCCGUACUUCUGGCUGUCGAUCCGACGGCACGGCCAUGUCCGCAUGACUGUGACGUUGUGCGCCUUCAACUGACCCACGCUCGUCGGUCGGUGCGUGGCUCGAUGAGCGGUAAGCUUGUGCGUGGGGCAGUGUGUCACUUUGUACGUCGCUGUUCUUGUGCGCUUCGCUGUUCUUGCGUGUGGAAUCGCCCUUGUGUGAGACGGGAGGCCUGUCGAGAAGCUGGAUAACAUCGGCAGCCACCAGUUCAGGUGGCUCAUUCUCCAUCAUCUGAGCGAGGACAGUGUGAAAAUCCGCCACCGCUUCGUCACGAUUGACGUCUGAAAGAAGUUGGACGCCCGGGCCAGCGGUUUCGUUUCCGAACGAGACGCUGCGGGGCCAGCGUUAGACGCGCAUGAGAGACUUCCCUCGCCUUGUCGCCUUGCUCUCCGAUACUCUUCAGCUCAGUGGAAGAGCGAAUGGCCGGCGCGUGCAUACAACACCGCUUUUAUCGCCAGCGCCGUCGCACCAUCAUUCUGCAGCAGCGAGGCAAUGCCGCUGGUGUUAGCCGCACGAAACAAGACACCCCCCACGUCCGGCGGUUUCCUUUCUCGCAAUCGUUGUCCAGUCGCGAUGAGACUCUGCUGUUCGUGCUUGUGUGAGAUCGGCGCGCGCACGGCGGUGAUAUGUACAUGCGCAGUAAAGCAAAGCAGGCGGCGGGUAGACAGCGAGCUGCCGCGGACGCUUUGUGAGGCCCUUGGUGUCGAAAGUUGAAACCCCAAGCCUAAGCGAUUGAGCGCCCGUGUAAUCGAUCAAACAAGAUGAAGAUGGGGCGCCCUGCGUUCAAUCUGAAUCCGAAUCCUUCUCAUCGUCCACGCCGUGGUAAGUAAGUGAUCAGUGGAGACGGGAGGAUGGUGAAUCAGUCGGUUGGCACAUGUCGGAUAGAUUCUUUUGCAGACUUCUCUGCCCACGAAAAGCGAUCUAAUUUGCAGGUCGCACCAGCAAUUGCCGUUGCAAGAUGACCGUCGUGUCCAAGUCGUGUCAAUGCUAUAGAAAGCUGCUCAGUCUGCCCGAUGACAGUUAUCUUUAUAACACGUGACCGGAGUGGACGAUAUAACACCUAUCUUAUCACGCAGGACCCUGCCGGACGGAGGAAUGUCUCAAUUUUAUCAUCACGGUAUCCCAUCAGAUCAGCGGGCUGUAGCGGGUUACCGUUCAUAUUUCCUCUUUAUGCGAGUGCGGGUUGAAUUGGCCGUGUGGAAACCUGUCCAUGAGUGCCGAGAAGAACUUGACUGCAACUCAAAUGCAGCCGGAUUGCCGACGAAUCUCAAGCGUUACAGCUCGUCUGGACUCGUCCAGUCGGGAAAAUUGCAUGCCCAUUACCCACGCAGUUAUUGCCUCCUGCCACAGCUCGGUUUGAGAUCUCUUAUUGCUGUAAUCUUAUCUGAGCGGAACGGAUUUAUCGGACUAAGAGUAUCAAUAUACAAAUAAACGUCAACAACACCGUCUGCCGAACUGCCGACUGCUUCACGACAUCCAUGCCACACGAUCUUCUCUUCACUACUUAUCUGUGUAGAGGAUCGGAACCAAUUGCUGCGUGCAAGCCCACAGACCUGCUCCCCAGCCGGGUUUCUCUUGCGCGAAACACAACCCCAGCAACCCCAGCGAGGGAUGCCGACAGUCCUCUCCUAAACCUUUACUUCACCUGCUUUGCCGAGGCUGUGAUGCAGCAGGGAAGGAUACCACGCGCGUAAAUGACGCGAGCACCUGCAGUGAUUUGCGAUUCGUGAUUCGGCGUCCGUUCGUCCACGAGAUCGACGCGCUCCAGACGUACUGGCCAGAGGCUCGACCGCGUAGUACGAGUCGUUCUCACCUCUACAACCCCCAGGAUGUCUCAACAUCCGUGAACUUUCUGCAGCUUCAAGUACGCACGUAGCGCAACCGUCGCGCGCGCGCGACCAGGCGAGGUUGACUAAUGUGACUUACACUGCUCCCACUUAAUAGCUUCUGCAACGCUCCUUCUAUGAUCCGCGCACACACUUAUCUGCUUCGACAGUUCCUGGUCAGAAGGCCGUCGUGUAGUUCGUCUCCACGCGGUGGAACCACCGGACGCUGACGACAUGGACCUGGGGCCGGGGAAAUAUGGCCUUCCAGGACACGCAUAUAAGGCCCGGCAAGCUAGCCUCCACGGCCCGCGCCAGACGGUCCGACCGACCCACUAUGCUCUGUCUCGCAUUCCUCACCGCAGCUCUGACGCUCGCAGCGGCGACGCCCGCGUCCGACAGCCUCGUCGUGCACGAGACCAGGGCAGCUGCCCCGCAAGGAUUCGUUGCCGGUGGCGCUGCGCCUGCGGGGAAGACGCUCACUCUGAAGCUCAACCUGGCGCAGAACGACCUCGCGGGGUUGGAGUCCCGCUUGCUCGCUGCUGCCACCCCUGGAAGCCCGGCCUAUGGGCAGUGGCUGUCGAAGGAGGAGGUGGAAUCCUUCUCCUCCCCGACCGCCGAAACGACGGCGGCUGUCUCCGCGUGGCUCUCGUCGAACGGGUUGGAGUCGAAUCAGGUCUCGGCAGCCGGCGACUGGAUCUCGAUCGACGUGCCGGUGUCCAAGGCCAACGAGCUGCUCGGCGCGGACUACCAGGUGUUCACUCACAGCGCCAGCGGGCAGCAGACGAUCCGGACGCUGUCGUACUCGAUCCCUGCCUCGCUGAAGAGCCACCUGAAAGUUGUCACUCCGACGACCAGCUUCAGCACCCCUCAACAUCGGAUGCUCGCUGAAGUGAAAGAUGCGGGCGCAGAGGUCGAGGCCCGCGCGGUGUCUUCCGACCACAUCACGAACCCCGACAACCCCCUUUCGUGCGAGACGCUGAUGACACCCCGUUGCCUGAUGGCCAUGUACAACAUCCCGAAAACCCCGGCGAAGAACAAGACGGGCUCGAUCGCAGUCACCGCAUUCGGCUUGGAGUACGCCAACGACCUCGACCUGUUCAACUUCUUGAAGGAACGGCGUCCGGACAUGAAUCCCAACACGACAUUCGGCUUCAUUUCAGUCGAUGGAGGGCUUGAUGAUCAGACCAACGACGUGGCCGGCGUCGAAGGCAACCUGGACAUCCAGUACACCGUCGGCAUCGCCACGGACGUCCCCAUCAACUUCGUGUCUGUGGGGACGACCACCGCGGACGGCGUCUACGAGGGCUUCCUCGACGUCAUCAACUCCCAGCUCAACCUUACGGCGCCGUCGCAGGUAAUGACGACUAGCUACGGCUUCCCUGCGGAGGAAUUCAUGUCCUUCCCUCUCACCUCGGCCCUUUGUGAUUCGUACUUGCAGCUCACAGCGCGUGGAGUGUCUCUGCUGUUCGCCAGCGGCGAUGGUGGCGUCGCCGCCUCGCCUGCUCUCCUCUGCAAUCCUGGAGAUCCGUUCGAAGUGUCUUUCCCCACCUGCCCAUACGUUACGAUGGUGGGCGGGACGAGCGGAUAUCCCGAGGUCGCAGCCAACCUCUCUGCUGGCGGUUUUUCCAACUACUUCCCCCGUCAACCCUGGCAGGAAUCCGCCGUCAGCUCGUACCUCAGCGCGCUCGGCAGCGAGUACGCCGGGCUCUACAACGCCUCGGGCCGCGCGUUCCCCGACAUCGCCGCGGGCUCGGUGAACAUGACGAUGAUCACCGACAGCAUCCACUUCCCCGACUCGGGCACGUCCUUCUCGUCCCCGAUCGUCGCCUCCGUCAUCGCGCUCAUCAACGACCGCCUCCUCGCGGCGGGCAGGCCCGUGCUCGGGUUCCUCAACCCGUGGCUGUACGCGAAUCCGCAGAUGUUUCACGACAUAAAGACGGGGAGCAACCCCGGGUGCGGCACGGAUGGGUUCCCGGCGACGGCCGGGUGGGACCCUGUGACGGGGCUCGGCACGCCUGAUUUCCCCGCGAUGCUGAAGGCGGCUGGGCUCAAGCACUAGGCCCUCGUAGUAGGUAUAGGCAUCAGAUUCAGGUGCCCGGAUAAAAGGCGUUACGAGUAACUACAUGCGGGAUGUCUUCUUUCUGUGAUGGACUGGCAAUUUGACGAGCAGAUAUCAUUCUCACGAUCUACACAUGGACACCGUUGGUUUUUUUUCGGCGGAGGGAGCGCGCGAGAUGCGUGAGAUCGUGCGAAAGGUUUCUCGUACAAGCAACUGUGUGCCAAAAGGCGGUCCAGCCGUGACGGGAAACCCUGGUGCACCGAAAAUCAGACCAGACGCAAUGCGAAUUACCGCAGCGGUCCCUGUCGUGAUCGUACUGGGGAAGCAGGGGCAGUCAAUCCAGAUCUAAAAACCGGAAUUACACACAAGCAGGUGACGGGCCAGAACCAAGGCAACCCUGAGUGCAAUGGGGCAGCUUCCCGGCAUCUACCGAUGGCUCGCUCAGGACAGACAACCCAUGAUGCGCAGAACAAAUCCCACAGCUUCCGCAAGAUAGAUCUCGCAUGACACUCGUCGUGUUGUAUUAUUUGGCUCCGGAUGCACACGAAGCAUCUCCCAGCUCGCGCAAAAAUCAAUCUCGCUUCACAUUGCAAAUUCAGGCGUGUAUUAUUAGUUUCAAUGGGGGAUCUUUUACGGGGUGCAGUCGAUAUGGAACGCAAACGCUUCAGAGGCCGACGGUGCUGUUGUACUUGACGACGAACAGCCCCCGCUCGAGCGUGUUGACGAGGAUGUAUCCGCUCGUGAAGUACGGGUACGCGGACCACGCGCCGCCGAAUUGCGCGGAUCCGUUGGUCUCGUCGUCCUCGGGGUGCACUGAGAGCAAGCAGUCAGUCAGCACGGCGCGAUGCGGGUCCGAAUGUGGCCUGGCUCACCGUCGAAGAACGCAGCCUCGGAGAAGCCAGCGCCGGUCGGGUCCUGCUUGACGCUCGACACAUCGACGAUGCGCAAGCCGCUGUUGUAGUUGCUCUCGUAGACCAGCCCGUUCUGCCGGCGAGACGGAAACGCGCAUGUCAGUCUCUGCCGACAGACGGAACAUAACAAAGACGACUUACGACGACGUACAGGUUGUGGUCGAUAGCGACUGCAGGAGACUUGUAGUGCCCGGUCAGAACAGGGCGCUCGAGAUCGAUGAUCUCCCAGAUGUAUGUCGUGGUGCGCUGGUCGACGGCCCAGCCGCGCUGGUAGACCUCGUCGAGCUCGUCAUUGAGCAGCAGGUGGGUCUGGUCCUUUUCAUCGACGACCCAGCCCUGGUGCGAGUACGCAACUCCGUAGUAAUACGUCGCGGAGAUGAUCACUGGGCUGCGAUCGGUCAUUCAUCAGGGAUGGAAAACAAAGCGGGAGAUGGAUCACCCACUCGGCAGGGUUCGUGAUAUCGUAGAUGGUGAACGUGUUUUCGUUGAAUGAAUAGCAUACAUCCGACCCAUUGUACCGGGCAUCAGGGCC